AUGUUUAUGAUCAAGAACGUCAGCAAAUAUCUCUUCGGAGACGCGUCCAAGGAAGUCAUUGCCGAGAUUCCCCAAGGCCAGCUCUAUCUCGUUCGUCCUCUAUCGCCAAAGGGAUAUUCCGAACUCAUCUACAAAGACGCCGUCGCGACAAUCAGAAGGACAGGACAGGAGUUCCAAUACCAGCUCGUCGUACAACGUGCAUAUGAAGAAGGAGAGGAAGAACUUGCCGAAGACGAUGAGGACGCAGCGGCCGAGAGCCUAGACAAGGACGAGAAAACAUUCCUUCUUGACCAGAGUCUGCAUUUCAGAUGCGAAAAGAGAGCUGGCGGUGAUUCUAUUCUUGCUUGGCGCGACUUGAGCGGUGAUCCGGGCGACGUCUACGAAUUCGUGUGUGACGCUUCGGUUCAGGAAGACAAGAUACAGACAUUUCUGCUAGCUGCCAUUGACUGCCAGUACGAACGAAAGCACCGUACAUCCUCCCAGAACGCCACCGAAGCCGAAUUGAAAGAGUUUUAUUUCGAGACCGACGCCGCAAUUCCUGCCGCUAGCCCCGUCUCCAGUCCUGUCGACGACAUGCCUACUUCGAAAGAAUCAGCCGAGCGCAUGGCCAAAGACGUCAGCACUCCUAAGAAGGCCAAUACCGGCAACGUGAGAGAGCCAACUGCAACCUCAACAGCGGCGCCGGUUGCCAAGACCGCCCCCAGCUCCGGACAAGUCCUCACGAAGCAAACGGGGGAGCUACAUCUCUUUGACUUCAAUUCCGCCACUUUCAUUCUACAGGACCCAUCUGUAGUGGCCGUUGUUUCCGAUCUGGGGAAGUGGCGGUAUUGGCUGCAAAUCACUAGCUCUGAUGGCAGGGAAUGGCUUGGACAAGACGUUGUGGCCGACAUCAAUCCUGUCUUCAACUUUGAAUAUCUGUCGGUAAUCUUCAAUCACUACACCGAUGAUGGAUCCGCUUACUCCUGGCUUCUACGAUUUCCGAACCAACAGGUCCUUGAGAGCUUCCAAGAAGGGAUUAUGCAAGCACUAUGGGAGCAACUCAAUGAGACGAAAUGGUCCAAGGUUCAGGACACUGAGCGUGAAUAUGUGUUUGAGGCAUUCAACGACAUCACAUUGGAUGAUGUCAGCGGCGGGGAGGAAGACGAGGCGGAGGAAGAGGAAGAUGAAGAAGACACUGAUGGCGGACGGCAAAGUGAACACUACGACACGGACGAGUCAGAAGACGAUGUUGAGCUGGACAACAAGGAUGGAAAUGUCAAUUCGCAGUUGGCCGUGGGAACGAAGCAUGAUCGAUCCUUCGUCAUUCGAGGCUCCAAGAUCGGCGUUUUCAAGCAUCUGCCAAACCGACAUCUCGAAUUCACAACCAAUAUCUCCAAAGUCGAAACUCCUAAGGGACGAAUUUUCUCACCAGCCAAGGUCAUGCUGCACUCAGAAGACCAGAACAUGAUUUUACAAGACGCCAGCAAUCCUAACUCCCUAUACCGCAUGGAUCUCGAAUACGGUAAAGUUGUGGACGAAUGGAAGGUUCAUGAUGAUAUUCCAGUGGCAAAUUUUGCUCCCGAAACCAAGUUUGCCCAACGCACAUCUGCGCAGCCAUUCAUCGGCCACAGCAAGAACGCCGUCUUCCGGAUUGACCCUCGUGUUGCUGGCAACAAGCUUGUGGAAAGUCAACUCAAGCAAUACAUGUCAAAGAACGACUUCUCUGCUGCGGCUACGGAUGAGAAAGGCCACAUCGCGGUGGCAUCGAACAAGGGCGAUGUUCGUCUCUUUGACCGUUUGGGAGUCAACGCCAAAACUCAUAUUCCCGCUCUUGGUGAAUCUAUCAUCGGUCUUGAUGUCAGUGCUGACGGUCGAUGGAUCCUUGCAACCUGUCGUACAUAUCUACUUCUCAUCGAUGCUCUUCAGAAGGACGGCAAGAAUGAAGGUAAACUUGGGUUUGAGAAAUCUUUUGCAAAAGAUAGCAAGCCUCAGCCGCGCCGGCUCGGUUUGAGCCCUAGUCACGUGGCGCAGUUCCAACACGAGACUGGCGCUCCUUUGUCAUUCACCCCUGCGAAAUUCAACACUGGCCUAGACAGCUCGGAAACCAGCAUUAUUACUUCGACGGGGCCCUUCCUUGUCACCUGGAACCUUAAGAAGGUGCUUGCUGGCAACAAGGACCCGUACCAGAUCAAGCGCUAUGUGGCACAGGUCAUGGCAGACAAUUUCGAGUUUGGUUCAGACAAGAACGUCAUCCUGGCACUGCCCAACGAAGUUGACAUGGUCAGCCGGAGGAGCUUUAAGAAGCCAACACGAGAAAGCAUUGCAGGGCCGCCGGCGAGGAUCAGUGGAGGGUUGACCACGCCAAGACGCAGCGGUAGGCAGAGCCAUCUGAGAAACGAGAUCGUCAAUAGUCCUUACUAG